CCCUCUCAAGAUGGCAGACAAAGUCCCUUCGGAGUUCGAUGUGGUGGUGAUAGGGACCGGUUUGCCGGAGUCCAUUGUUGCAGCUGCUUGCUCAAGGAGUGGCCAGAGCGUUCUCCAUGUUGAUUCAAGAAGCUAUUAUGGAGGAAACUGGGCCAGUUUCAGCUUUUCAGGAUUAUUGUCCUGGAUAAAGGAGUAUCAGGAAGAGAGUGAUGGGGACGAAUGGGCAGCGUGGCAAGAGCUGCUACUGGAAGCAGAAGAAGGCGUUGCUCUUCGUAAGAAAGACCAGACCAUCCAACAUGUGGAAGUCAUUCGUUAUGCCAGUCAGGAUUCAGAUGAACAUGUUGAAGAAGUCGGUGCUGUGCAGAAAAAUCCUGCCCCUGUGACGUCUGCUAGCUCAAAUGACCCUCCGGACUCGACGGGCACAGCUUGCUCUGAUACAUCUGAAUUAACAGCGCCACUCAAUGAGCCAGAGACUUCACAGGAAGUACCUGAUGUAGAUGUGACACUGGGGAACGAAAGCCAUGGUGGUGAUACGGAUUGUACCGAGUCACCUUUGGAACAGGAAAAAGCUGAAAAUGUCCCUGUAGGAGAAGCUGUUGUUGAUGUGCCCAAGAAGAAUAGGAUUACUUACUCCCAAAUUGUUAAAGAAGGCAGGAGAUUUAAUAUUGAUUUGACCUCAAAGCUGCUUUAUUCUCGAGGAUUGCUAAUUGACCUUCUAAUCAAAUCAAGCGUUAGUCGAUAUGCAGAGUUCAAAAAUGUUACCAGGAUUCUUGGAUAUCGAGAAGGAACUGUUUUGCAGGUUCCUUGCUCUAGAGCAGAUGUUUUUAAUAGCAAGCAACUCACUAUGGUUGAAAAGAGGAUGCUGAUGAAAUUUCUGACAUUUUGUUUGGACUACGAACAGCAGCCUGAGGACUACAAAGCUUAUGAGGAAUGUCCCUUUUCCGAAUACUUGAAAACUCAAAAACUGACGCCCAGCCUGCAGCACUUUGUCCUUCAUUCCAUUGCAAUGACAUCAGAGGGAUGCACUGGCACAUUGGACGGCCUCAGAGAAACGCAGAACUUUCUUCGGUGUCUCGGGCGGUACGGCAACACUCCCUUCUUGUUUCCCUUGUAUGGCCAAGGAGAACUGCCCCAGUGUUUCUGCAGGAUGUGUGCGGUAUUUGGAGGAACCUAUUGUCUGAGCCAUGCAGUACAGUGCCUUGUAGUGGACAAAGAAUCUGGAAAAUGUAAGGCAAUCAUAGAUCACUUUGGUCAGAGGAUAAGUGCUAAGUAUUUUAUCGUCGAAGACAGUUACCUUACCGAGAAAACAUGUUCAGAUGUGGCCUACAGGCAGAUGUCGAGGGCAGUGCUGAUUACAGAUCGAUCUGUACUGAAGGCAGAGUCUGAUCAGCAGAUUUCCAUUUUGACAGUGCCACCAGUGGAGCCAGGAUCAGCUGCUGUCCGGGUCAUUGAGUUGUGCUCUUCCACCAUGACAUGCAUGAAAGGAACAUAUCUCGUCCAUUUGACUUGUCCAUCCUCAAAAAAAACAGCAAGAGAAGAUUUAGAGUCAGUUGUGCAGAAAUUGUUCACACCGUAUGCUGAGGCAGAGUUAGAAAAUGAAGAAGUAGAAAAGCCAAACCUUCUGUGGGCCCUCUAUUUCAACAUGAGAGAUUCUUCAGGCAUCAAUAGAGACUCCUAUAAUGACUUACCUUCAAACGUGUAUGUCUGCUCUGGACCAGACUGUUUUCUGGGAAAUAAGAAUGCUGUCCAGCAGGCUGAAACGCUUUUCCGGCACAUCUUGCCAAAUGAAGAGUUCUGCCCCCCUCCACCAAAUCCUGAAGAUAUUGUUUUCGAUGGAGAUGGUAUGCAACCAGAGGUUCCUGCCCCCAAGCCAGAAGCUGCUGAAGACGUCACAAGCCAAGGAGAUGCAGAAGAGCACUCAGAAGAAUAGAUGACUGCCAGACAGGGAGCCCUGCUUCAAAAAUCAUCUUCAGCAUCCAAAUUGUCUUAAUACGAGCAGUUAGAAAAUGACUGAAAAGCAAUAGCCGCUCAUCAUCUUCUUCUUCUCCUUCUUUUUCUUCUUCUUCUUUUUCUUC